AUGUCCAAUGGCACAGUGAAUAGAACCCAUGGAGUUGACAGUUCUCAGUAUAAUUACCUUGCGCUUGUGUUCGGUGUGCCACUAAUAGUAGCCAUCAUCCUGGGCAAUGUGCUGGUGUGCCUCAGCGUGCUGAUUGAGAGGUCCUUGAAGACAGCGACAAACUACUUCAUUGUCAGCCUGGCUGUAGCAGAUUUACUCCUUGCUGUUCUUGUCCUGCCUCUCUUCGUGUACACCGAGUUUCAGGGAGGGAUUUGGACUCUGAACAGCUUCCUGUGUGAUGCGUUAAUGACAAUGGAUGUGAUGCUUUGCACAGCUUCCAUCUUCAACCUCUGUGCAAUCAGUGUGGACAGGUACGUCGCUGUGAUUGUUCCGCUGAAAUACAACAGGAACCACUUCAGCGGGCGCCAGCUCAUUCUCAUCAUGGCCACCUGGCUCCUGUCGCUUGGGGUGGCUUCCCCAGUCAUCUUUGGGCUCAACAAUGUUCCUGGCCGGGACGUGACAGAUUGUAAACUGGAAGACGGCACAUUUGUGGUUUACUCCUCGGUCUGCUCCUUCUUUGUGCCGUGUCCAAUCAUGUUGCUCCUGUACUAUGGAAUGUUCCGGGGCCUCAAACGCUGGGGGGAGAGCCGCAGGAUCACACUCCCAUCCCGGGAUCGCACGUUCGCUUUCAACCUCUCACCCCGCAAGCGCGAGAGACACAUGGUGAAAUACAUUGUGCCAAAUCUAAGCCCCAACGCAGCUAAGAACAUUCCGGAAAGUCACUUGAUCACUACACAGCUCGACAGCACCUCCGAUGUGGAGACACCUGAUGGAACUAAGGCAGGAACUCCAAAGGAGAACGGGGCUCUAUCGCGGCACGGCCUGGGGAGAGAGCCCUUCAUGAGAAGCCGCAGAGUCAGUGGCCGUGAGAGGAAAGCGAUGAAAGUCCUCCCGAUUGUAGUAGGAGUGUUCCUUGCUUGUUGGACUCCGUUCUUUGUGGUUCAUGUUCUGAAGGUAUUGUGUGAAGCCUGUUCCAUUGGCUCCAUGUUGAUCAGUGUGGUCACAUGGUUGGGAUACGUAAACAGUGCAGUCAAUCCCAUUAUUUACACCAUCUUCAAUACCGAGUUCCGAAACAUCUUUCAGAAGUUACUUCACUGUCAAACAUGA